UUGCCUUUUUCAGCCUCCGCUCACUAUUCCGACAAGGAGAGGUGGAUAUGUAUUUAUCCGGUUUAUUUGAAUAGUCGUGUUACUCGAUCAAAAGGGCGCAAAAUCUCCAUUGAUCAAGGUGUUGAUAACCCCAAACACACUGAAAUUUGCGCCAUAUUACAGAAUCUGGGGUUUCGUCAUUUGGCUGAAAAUAAGGUAUACCCUCGUGAAAGAGACUCUACAGAAACUCAGAAUCGUUGGCGCAUCAGAGUACAACUGAAGAAUGAUGAUGGUUCUCCCUGCCUACCUGAGUACGUCUCAGAGCUAUGCCUAACCCUUCAGGUUUCCCACUCGCCAAUCAUUGUUAAUACAUCUGGGCGGGACCAUUCCUCUUCUGAAAACGCGUCAUUCUGGCCCAGAUUAUGGGCAGCAAGGGAAAGGUGGAAAGAAGUAUAA